AUGGGACUACUGACAUGUCUGCUCGUCUCCAUCCUCUCCAUCCCCUUCUCCAACCUGUUGAUCUUCCUCACCAGAACUCUUCUCCGGCUCGCCAUGCCCAUCAUCCAGAUGCAUACAAGAGCUCACUUUACGUGGCCGCCGAUCUCCCAAUUUCUCGGCCACGAUGCACCUUGGGACGACCAGGUUCUGCCACCAUGCGACGUCGGCCUCGGCAUAGCGCAGUAUAAGCGCGGCGUGGACGCGCCCAACGAGGACGUGGACUGCGUCUUCUGCCUCUGCGGCAUCGAGGAAGACGACGAGGUCAGAGAGCUCCGGUGCCAGCACCUCUUCCAUCGGCGUUGCUUGGAUCGGUGGCUGGCGCACCGGCGGGCGGUGUGCCCGCUGUGCCGGGACGCCUUGGUGCCUCACGGAUCGGUGGCGACGAAGAGCGGCGAGAUGGACGAAGGAGAGCUCGACGAUAUGGCUGGGGUGUGGCUUGCAAGCUAUUCGUGGUGGAUGUGGUGA